AUAAUGGAAGACUGGCCAAACACCUUACAGAAUGACCCGAUGCGAGCGUAUCGUGCAAAGCGGGACAGCUCACGAAAGUCUGUACAGUCGAAAUACACUUUCUUAGGCUUUAUAUCUUCUGGUACAUACGGUCGUGUAUACAAGGUACAGGCAAAGGAUGGCGAAGAUGCAAAUCGUGUCUAUGCUGCCAAGAAAUUCAAACCUGACAAGGAAGGCGAAGCAGUCACAUAUACUGGUAUAAGCCAAAGUGCUAUACGAGAGAUAGCGCUAAAUCGUGAGAUCGAUCACGAGAACAUUACUGCGCUCAAAGAGGUCAUUCUAGAGGACAAAUCCAUCUAUAUGAUUUUCGAAUAUGCUGAACACGAUUUCCUUCAAGUUAUUCACCACCAUUCACAAAACCUUCGCACGCAGAUAUCAGAACCGGUACUCAAGUCAUUAAUUUAUCAACUUCUCAACGGUGUUCUCUAUCUCCACUCGUCUCAUAUUCUGCAUCGGGACUUAAAGCCUGCAAACAUUCUCAUUACAUCCAACGGUGUUGUAAAGAUUGGCGACCUCGGCCUGGCGAGGUUAGUCCACGAACCACUUCAGCCGUUGAUUUCGGGCGAUAAAGUCGUCGUGACCAUUUGGUACCGCGCACCCGAGCUUCUCCUCGGGGCAAAACAUUACACGAAGGCAAUAGACAUUUGGGCCGUUGGGUGUGUUCUGGCGGAAUUAGCGAGCCUGAGGCCUAUUUUUAAGGGUGAAGAGGCGAAGAUGGACUCUAAAAAGAAUGUUCCGUUCCAACGGGACCAGUUACUCAGAAUUUUCGAAGUUCGGGGCACCCCUGAUGUGACAGAAUGGCCUGCACUGAAAUACAUGCCGGAAUUUCAAAACAUGAAGCGACUUGACAAAUUUAAGGACAGGCUAUAUGAGUGGUGUCAAACACGCAUCCGUUCGAAGGAUGGGUACGACCUGCUGCGUCGUCUGUUCGCAUAUGAUCCAGACAAACGGUUAGCUGCACGCGAAGCAAUGGAACAUAAAUGGUUCCAGGAAGAGCCGAUACCUACACGAAAUGCAUUUCUCACGUUAAGCGGGGCGCAGUUGCCUCCACAGCGUCGAAUCACUCAUGACGAAGCAUCUGCAGCCAUGCUACCUACGAACGCUGCUGCUGCUGCUGCACGCGCACCUCCACCUGCUCCGGCGAGUUCUGCUCGUCCUCCUAGUGGGGUGCCAAGCUUCACGAGUGGUUUUGGUCCUGGUGCCCCUGCGGCAGCUGGUUCGGGCUCGUACGCCACGGGAACAGGAUACGGUGGUGUAAAUAUGGCUCGCCUGCCGAUAGGUGUUAGCUCGGGAAACGCAGGAAGUGACACUGUUGCGGGAAACACGCGGAAGAAGGCAAGGCUGGGAUAGACCGAACCUACAGUACUCCGAGGUCGUGGAAAUGACCUCAUGCCGUCCGAAAGCCAGAGUACGUCAACAUCAUUCAUAUUAGGUUGAGUUUACUUCCUGUAGGCAGGAAUCUCAAUUCUAGCGAAUUAGCUCAUGGAUUUUUUGUUAUGUACAUUCAUCAGUGCAAUACGCUAUGAAAGUUUAAAGCAUAUUGUUAGAACAUUCAGCAUUGU